GAGCCGCCCAGGAAUCUUGGCUGGGACUUGGAGCAUUUCCUCCCGGGCGGGCCGGCGCGAUCCUGGGGAGGGCGGGGAGGCCGGCCGCGGGCAGACGACUAGCUGAGCUCAACCGGCCUGCAGCAUGCGGCCCCUGCUCUGCGCUCUGGCCGGGCUCGCCCUGCUCCGAGCUGCGGGCGCCUACGCCGCCGCUGCUGAACCCUUCAUCCCCUCUGGAGGAGACCCGUCUCGGAGCACAGCAUGUGACAGAUACAUGGCUAUCCACAGCCGAUUGAACGUCAUAGAGGAGACGGUGGAGAAGACGGUGGAGCAUCUGGAGGCAGAAGUGAAAGGCCUGCUGGGUCAGCUGGAGGAGCUGGCUUGGAACCUGCCCCCAGGGCCCUUUAGCCCAAUCCCCGACCUCCUUGGAGAUGGAGACAGCAGCUAAGAUUGCUUUUGAGCACCGGAGCCUGAGUUGCCUAGCAGCUGAGAACAGAGCCAUGCAUUUCUGGCCUGCCUUCCUCAGCUUUGUGCAAAAGGAAAGCUAUUCCUUUGUCCCCUGUGUCUGCUGACAAUGACCCUGCAGCCACAGCCCCUACUCCAUCUGCUCCCAUGCCCCAAGGCUCACACCCCAUGCAGGCUCAGACCUGGGAGCCCCAGUUGGUCUGUGCUUCUGUCCUCCUUAUUUAUAGGGGUGGAGAGGUUGGGGUUGAUUCAUAAAAAAGAAGUUAGGCACCUGAGGCCUAGAAACACAGCUCUCAACACAGCAGAAGGGCCCUUUGAAUAGCUCUGCUACUUAAAAUGUGGCCAUGGGUGAACCAUGUGGUGUCACCUGGAGAGUUUUUAUCAAAAAUGCAGAAUUUGGGACCCCACCCAGAACUCUUGAAUCAUAAUCUACAUUUUAAUGAGAGCCCCAGGGGAUCUGUGUGCACAUUAAACUUUUAAAAAAUAUUUAUAUUGAGGUAAAAUUCACAUAACAUAAAAUUCAAAAUUUUAACCAUUUUGAGUGGUACGAAUUCAGUGGCUGCACAAUGUCACGCAGUUACCACCACUUUCUUUUUCUUUUUUUGGUCUUUUUAGGGCUAUACCCAUGGCAUAUGGAGUUUCCAAGGCUAGGGGUCGAAUCAGAGCUGUAGCUGCCAGCCUAUGCCACAGCUACAGUGAUGCAGGAUCUGAGCUGCAUCUGUGACCUACAUCACAGCUCAAGGCAAUGCCAGAUCCUCAACCCACUGAGCGGGGGCAGAGAUUGAACCUGCAUCCUCGUGGAUGCUAGUCAGAUUUGUUUCUGCUGAGCCACAACGGGAAUUCCCAUCACUACUUUCUAAUUCCAGAAAUUUUCAUCACCCCAUAAAGAAACCCUAUACUAAUAAGCAGUCACUUCCCCUUCCCCUUCCCAUCCACCCUUGGCAACCACUACUGUUUCUCUUUCUGUGAACUUGCCUAUGCUGGACAUUUCAUAUAAAUGGAAUCAUAAAAUAUAUAGCCUUUUGUGUCAGA